UCUUAUGGGGCAGGUAGUGUGCCUCUUUACCUGAAUCUAUCAGACCAAAAGAUCGAUGGAGUGUCCAAAUGCGGCACGGGAGUGUUGAUCAGCUGUGCUCUAUCCAUUAUAAUACCAGAGGGAGUAGAGAUUAUUUACUCAAGUCUCUUGGCGUCCUCUACUGGCGUAUUAGAGGGAUCAGAGCAUGAGAAACAUCUUGAUUCGAGUCAUCAUGUUGGCAUUGCUUUGCUGGCUGGCUAUGCUCUUAUGUUCCUCAUUGAACAGCUUUCAUCACACAAAGAAGAAAGCAGUCAGUACAUUGCAGUGGACAACUUGCAUGAAAUACACAGCUAUCAAGAGCAAGGAUUGCAAGUACACAAAGGUCAUACCAAGGAUACCAGUACAACCUCGAUAGGUCUCAAUUUACAUGCAAUCGCGGAUGGCAUCGCCCUGGGGGCCUCAGCACAAGCCUCGUUCAGUGUCAGUCUCGUUGUGUUUUUCGCCAUGGUACUUCACAAGCUGCCUGCGGCCUUUGGGUUGACUGCCGUCCUGCUGCAAAGCAAGUUGUCAAAACGGACAAUUCGCAUCCAUCUGGCUAUUUUCAGCGUAGCUGCGCCUGUGGGAGCCAUUGUAACAAACGGCUUGAUGUCAUUGUUGGGAAAUGAAGGUUCGGACUCCUCAGCAUACCUCACAGGCUUGAUCUUGGUAUUUUCUGGUGGCACCUUUCUGUUCGUGGCAGUC